AGAGAUUCUAGUGUACAUCUUCAUCGAGAAUUAUUUUGUGUCGUCGGUUCCCUUGUGCUUUGCAGUUCGUUUCAUCGAGAUGUAUGGUUCUUUCUUUUAUUGAAUAUCGCAUGGCAUGUUCAAAGUGCCAAUUUUCCUCUCCUUGAUCUCGCGGGCGACUAGAACCGGGGCGUGCCGAGGCGGCGCGUUGAUUUUAGUGUUGCAUGGCUGCGGGGCCGGGUACGCCGUGCUGAAGGGUUGCGAUCGGAACGCAAGGCGAAGCAUGAGUGAAGCCGCUGGGAUCGGAGCGGGAGCGUGUGAUGUUGGGUCUGACUGUUGGGUGCCGAACCGGGCCCAUUUGAAUUGUUUGCGUGGGUACGGCGUUGCUCACAACGCGGCUGUGAAGGUGAGGUGUGCCAUUGUUCUUUUGUUGUGCAGUACUGUACAUCGGAACGAACGAGGGGCUCAGCUCAACGUUGUGAAUCACGAAUUGAAACUCCCUUCGUUGAAUUUUGUUCUUUAG